UUAUUCUUUACACCGACAGACCUGAUCGUGAUUCGACCCAUCUGGGCACCAAAUUUGCACUCGUUUUCUUUCAAGAUUUGUAUCUCGUCUUGAUAGAGAGAAUCAUAUGAAGGUUGGGCACAUGAUCCUUGUCUUCACUCGCCCAUGACCAACUAGUCCACGAGAAGAGAGAGAGGGAGACUGCAUCAUCAGCCAGCAGGUGACGUGAAUCAGAUCCUCCUCACUCAACUGAGCUUCCGUAUUUCCUCUCCUCUCCAUCGAUCCCCUCGCGACUCCUGAGGUGCAGCUCAGUUUCAGCUUGCCUGGGACCAGAGGAGAUAGCCAGGCAGAGAGAGCGGGGGAUCGAUGGAGAUGGCGGAGGAAUCACCGGCGACGACGACGCCCAUGGCGGAUCCGUCGUGUCCGCCGUUCCCUCUUCUCGAGGAGGAGGGACAGCACGAGCACGAGCAGCGGGAGGAGCAGGAACUGCCGCAUGGAGGAGAGCUGGAGCUCCCUACGGUGGACCUGGAGGCGCCGGGGGAGGCGCUGGAGGCGGCGUGCCUGCGGCUGGGCGUCUUCCGCCUCGCCAACCACGGCGUCCCCGCGGGCCUCUCCGCGCGCCUCUUCGCGCUGGCACGCGACCUAACGGGCCGCACGCCGUUCGAGGACAAGCAGGCCCAGCCCGGCUACUUCUGGGGCACGCCGGCGCUCUCGCUCCGCGUCAGGGACGUCAACUGGGUCGAAGGGUACCACGUCGCCUUGGGCCAGCCGCGGCCCAUCGCUGUCGGGCCCUCCUCCUCCGCUCCCGCGCUCGGGGACCUCGCGAGCGAGUACGGCCAUCACAUGGCGCGCGUGGCGCGGAAGCUGUUCGACGCCCUCGCGGCCGCGCUGGGACUCGACGCCUACCAGACAGCGUCCUACCUCGCCGAGCACGAUGGCACCCUGCGGGUGUACCGCUACCCGCCCUGCCCUUCCUCCGGCCACCUCGGGAUGGAGGCCCACACCGACAGCUCUGUCCUCUCCAUCAUCAACCAGGACCUCGUCGGCGGCCUGCAGGUGCUCCACGAGGGAGCGUGGCGCGACGUCGCGCCGGCGUCCCCCGGCGGCGGUGGCGACACGCUCGUGGUCAACCUGGGCGACAUGGCGCAGGCGAUGAGCGGCGACGUGUACCGGAGCGUUCGGCACAGGGUGGCGGCGAGCCGGGCCAAGGAGAGGCUCUCGCUCUGCUACUUCGCCUUCCCGCGAGACAACGCCGUCAUUAGCUGCUACAGCAGCAGGUACAGGCCCUUCACCUACGGCGAGUUCCGGGAGCAGGUGCAAGCCGACAUUAAGGCCACCGGCUCCAAGGUCGGCCUCGAACGCUUCCUUCGCCAUUAAUUCGAUUUGAUCAAGGUGCUCUACGUUUGAGUUGGCUCUGCACUUCACUCGAGUUCAUGCUCAUCAUCUCCUUUGGAGUUGAUGCUCUAGAACAGUUUGAGUUAGCUCUGAUUGUCGACGAGUGUUUUUAGGGCAAAUUACAUUGGAAAUGUGAUAAUGCUAGAUAAUUUUCAAAGUUGCAAAUCACUUGAUGGAAAUUGAAAAUAAAAGAUCUC